GAGGAGGGGGAGGAGCCUCCGCGCCCACUGACUGCACCGAGCUCCGGCUGUGUCUCUCCGCCCGCUCCCCCCCGUCUCCUCCGCGGCUCUGACCGGCAGCUUCACCCGGACUAACCGGCUGACAUUCUCCCCCGUCCGGUGUUUAACCCUUCCGCCGCCGAACCGGGACACUUUUAUUGAAAAUGGGUCUGACGAUCUCGUCCCUGUUCUCCAGGUUCUUCGGGAAGAAGCAGAUGAGGAUACUGAUGGUCGGUUUGGACGCAGCUGGAAAAACAACCAUCCUGUACAAACUGAAGCUGGGAGAGAUCGUCACCACCAUCCCAACUAUCGGUUUCAAUGUGGAGACGGUCGAGUACAAGAACAUCUGUUUCACAGUUUGGGACGUCGGUGGUCAGGACAAGAUCCGACCUCUGUGGAGACACUACUUCCAGAACACACAGGGUCUGAUCUUCGUGGUCGACAGUAACGACAGAGAGCGAGUAGCAGAGUCCGCUGAGGAACUCGCCAAGAUGAUCCAGGAGGACGAGCUGAAGGAGGCAGUUAUUCUGGUGUUUGCUAACAAACAGGAUCUUCCCAACGCAAUGGGAGUCAGUGAACUCACCGACAAACUGGGUCUGCACAGCCUGCGCAGCAGAACUUGGCACGUCCAGGCCACCUGUGCCACUCAGGGUAACGGUCUGUACGAGGGUCUGGACUGGCUCUCCAGUGAGCUGUCGAAACGUUAGAUCACCUGACAGGAAGCAGCUGACCGAUGUCAUCAAACUGACGAAGAGGAGGAGGAAGAGGAAGAGGAGGAAGAAUAUGAAAGGACUGUUUUUUUUUUUUUUUCUUUUUAAAUUAUAAAUAUGUCUGUCUGUCUGUCUGUAGGAGGAAGUGAUGUCAUGGACUCUGAGCUCACUUUUAUUUCCCAUCAUCCUCCUCUUCUUCCUUGUUUUUGUUUUGUUUUAAUCCGCAUGUUUUAACUCCGAAUCAUGUGACAGGAUGUUAUGGAAGAGGAGGGGCGGGGUCAACUACAGGUGACUGUACCUGUGGUGGGGGGGGGGGCGGGGUUUGGGGUUUGGAAGGUGAGUUACCUGAACGUGUGAUGACCCAUUCCACAGAGCCGUACCUGAAGGCGUCGUCAUUCCUUAACAAUGUGAAGAAGAAGAGACGAUGAUGCAAUAAAGGGUUUUUUUUUUCUUCUCA